AUGGUUAAGACAAUUCAAUUGUAUGGAUUUUCCUCCAGCGAGUCUCCAGCAGCAGUGACAGAAUUUCUGGAGGCAUAUACUGGAAAAGGAACUGUUCAUGCUAUAAAGUUUCUUCCUCCCAAAGAUGGAAAAUCAAGAACACUUGCCAUAGUUCAGUUCACAGAUGCAAAAUUUGCUGGUAUCAUAAUUCCAUUAGCCGAUGCUCGAAUCCUGUGGUACAAUAAAUCUUAUUUGAAAGCUAGAAAAGCGAAGUUUGACAUGGUGCCCAACUCAGAAAUCUUUGAGCACUGCACGGAACUUGUACAACUUCACUUGGGAUGCCAGAUUUCUGAGGAACAGUUUUCUGUGCUUUGGGCAAGAUCGGAUGUUUUGGUGAAAUUUGGGGUGGGACUUAAGAACAUCUACUUGUUCUUCUCUUAUGAUUCGGUUGAUUACAAGCUUGAGAUCACCUCUGAAAAUGUUAGCCAGAUUGAGCUAUAUCAUCCACGCGGUCAACUUACAAAGUUUCUUCUCAUCCAGUUAAUUGGUGCUCCUCGGAUUUUUAAGAAAGCUUCCAGAAGGCAGUGGUUACUUGGUGCCCCUCGGAUUUUCAAGAAAGCUUCUCAAAAUGGCUGGGUUCGAGAAGUUGAUUUCACUCCUUCACGCUGCAUUGGGCAAUCUUCUGCUGUAUGUUUGGAGCUUCCACCUACUUGUGAGCUUCCAAAUCUACGCAAGAGUUUUGCUCAUUAUAAAGAAAAUGAAGGGCGGUUGGUUCUGGAGAGCGGCAACACUUUCUCCUGUACUUCAGGUCUGGUUCCUAUCGUGGGUCCACCCCUUGGCAUUAACUUGCCAUACAAAAUCCUUUUUAAGAUCAAUUCCUUGGUUCAGCAUGGAUGUGUUCCUGGGCAAGCACUUGAUGUCAAUUUUUAUAAGCUAGUGGAUCCUAGCAUAAUAAGAACUGAAUAUAUAGAGUGUGCCCUGGACAAGCUGUUUCGGUUAAAAGGGUGCUGCUAUGAGCCUGUGAGUUGGCUUACUGAGCAGUACAAAGAGUACAUGGCAUGCAAGCGAAUUCCUCAGUCGCCAGCUAUUUCUUUAGAUGAUGGGAUGGUGUAUGUGCACAGAGUUCAAGUAACACCAUCUAAAGUUUACUUCUGUGGUCCAGAGGCAAAUAUAUCCAAUCGUGUUUUACGAAAUUAUCCUGAAGAUGUUGAUAAUUUCCUUCGUGUUUCUUUCGUGGAUGAGGACAUGGGUAAGAUGCGUUCAGGAGAUUUAUGUCCACGGACAAAUUCUACAACUUCAACAGAAGAGGAAAGGAGAACUGGAGUUUAUGAAAGAAUACUUUCUACUCUAAGAAAUGGCAUAGUCAUUGGUGAAAAGAAGUUUGAGUUUCUUGCCCAUUCGUCGAGUCAAUUACGAGAGCAUUCGGUGUGGAUGUUUGCAUCUAGAAGUGAGUUGACUGCACAAGACAUCAGAAAUUGGAUGGGUGAUUUCAGUGACAUAAAAAAUGCAGCAAAACAUGCUGCCAGGUUGGGUCAGGCUUUCAGCUCUUCAAGGGAGACUUUUGAUGUUGGUGAGGAUGAAAUUGAAUUCAUUCCUGAUGUAGAAACAGAAAGAGGUGGAGUUAAAUAUUGUUUUUCUGAUGGAAUUGGGAAGAUAUCUGCGGAGUUUGCUGGAAGAGUGACAAGCAAGUGCGGCAAAAGUACUACUCCAUCCGCCUUUCAAAUUCGACUUGGUGGCUAUAAAGGUGUUGUGGCAGUUGAUCCUACAUUGUCAAAGAAGUUGGCACUGCGAGAUAGCAUGUGCAAGUACCAAUCCAACAACACAAAACUAGAUGUUCUGGCAUGGAGCAGGUACCAACCUUGUUUCCUUAAUCGUCAACUGAUCACCCUUUUGUCCACCCUCGGAGUCCCCGAUCAUGUUUUCAUGAAAAAGCAAAACGAGGCUUUGAAACAAUUGGAAGGUGUUUUGACUGACCCAUCAAGAGCACUGGAAGCACUUGAAAUGAUAUUCCAAGGAGAGGUCACCAACGUUUUAAAGGAAAUGCUUGCGUGUGGUUACGAGCCAGAUGCAGAACCAUUUAUGUCAUUGAUGCUACAAGCAUUCUGUGCAUCCAAGCUUGUGGAGUUGCGGACCAAGACGAGGAUAUUUGUUCCAAAUGGAAGAUCCUUGAUGGGAUGCCUAGAUGAAACCGGGACAUUGGAAUAUGGUGAGGUAUUUGUGCAGUGUUCUCAACGUGCCGUCUUCGGUGGCAAUAGCAAUAGCAGCGCUACUUCAAGCGAAGACAAUUUCAUUGUUGAGGAAAACGUAGUGGUUGCUAAAAACCCCUGUUUACAUCCAGGAGAUGUUCUUGUUCUUAGGGCUGUGAACGUGCCGGCCUUGCACCACAUGGUGGAUUGUGUAGUCUUCCCUCAAAAAGGAAAGCGGCCUCAUCCGAAUGAAUGCUCUGGAAGUGACUUGGACGGAGAUUGUUACUUUGUCAGUUGGGACCCUGAUCUAACUCCUCCUUGGCAAGUUCAACCUAUGAAUUAUACCCCAGCACCAACUAUUGAAUUGGAUCAUGUUGUGACAAUGGAGGAGGUUACAGAGUCAUUUACCAACUACAUAGUGAACGACAACUUGGGGAUCAUUUGUAAUGCACAUACUGUCUUUGCAGACACAGAGCGACAGAAGGCUGCCAGUGCUCCAUGUAUCAAGCUCGCCGAGCUCAGCUCGCAUGCUGUUGACUCUCCAAAAACUGGUGUGGUAGUGGAAGUGCCACGCUGUCUACGUAUCCACAAAUACCCAGAUUUCAUGGAGAAGGUUGACAAACUCACCUACGAGUCAAAACGUGUGAUUGGGAGGCUUUUCCGACAGGUGAAACGUGUUGAGCUCGCAUCAGAUUCACCUUCAAACUCAGGCUCAAUUAAAUCCUUCACCAUGGAAGUUGCUAUGAAGUUUUAUGACCCCGAUAUGGUGGUAGAUGGAUUUGAAGACUACGUCAAAGAUGCCAUCAAUUACAAAAAUGAGUAUGACUACAAGCUGGGAAACCUGAUGGAUUACUACGGCUACAAAACUGAAGCCGAAAUACUAAGUGGGAGCAUCACUGCAGUAUCAAAAAAUUUCAACAGGGGAAAAGACUUGGAGUCGAUUGAUUACGCUAUAAAGGCACUGAGAAAGGAAGCCAGGACCUGGUUUGAUGAGAAGCUGGGAAUGCAGUCGGAUAUGAAGCCUGAUAUCAAUGAUGUAGAAUCAGCAAAAGCAUCAGCUUGGUACCAUGUUACAUAUUAUCCUGAUUACUGGGGUCGCUGCAACAAGGGAAUGGAAAGAGAUCAUUUCCUGAGCUUUCCAUGGUGUGUGUUUGACAAGCUCAUCCAGAUCAAGAGGAGAAACUCUUCACUUAAGUAA